AUGGGGCAGAUCGCCAGCAAUAUUUGCGGCGGCGACGGUCGUCCUGUCAUCAAGAAUGACGUGACGUUGACCAUCAAGAAUGUGCCCACUGAGCCAAUCGCUGGACAGGCGCCUGGAACCAGUGGCUUGCGGAAGAAGACGAAGGUUUUCAUGGAGGGCAACUACCUUGCAAACUAUGUCCAGAGUGUGUUCAACACCCUCAUUGAGGAGAACGUGCCUGUGCAGGGUGGGACUCUAGUGGUGUCUGGCGAUGGGCGCUACUGGAACCCCGAGGCAAUCCAGAUCAUCAUCAAGAUCGCAUUUGCGAAUGGUGUUGGCCGAAUCUGGUGCGGAACAGACGGACUCCUCUCGACGCCAGCAACCUCCGCAGUGAUCCGAGCUCGAGGUUAUGGCUUCGAGCCCUUUGGCGGCUUCAUUUGCUCAGCCAGCCACAACCCAGGCGGCAUCAACGAUGAUUUUGGCAUCAAGUACAACUGCGAGAACGGUGGCCCUGCGCCUGAGAAACUUACGAGCAAGAUGCUGGAGUGGACGGGGAAGAUCAAGGAGUACAAGAGCGUGGAAGGCCUCCCCAACCUGGAUUUGUCCAAGCCAGCCAUCUACAAGCUGGGAGACAAAAUUGUAGAGGUUUUCGAUUGCGUGGAGGAUCACUUGAAGCUCCUGAAGCAGUGCUUUGACUUCAACUCCAUCAAAAGGCUCAUGGCACGCCCGGACUUUACGAUCGUUUACGAUUCGAUGUCUGGAGUGCAGGGGCCCUACGCCAGGCGCAUCAUUGAGCAGGAGCUUGGGGCAAAGCCUGGCAGCUGCACAAACGCUGACCCGAAGCCAGACUUCGGUGGGCCCAGCUCGGCUUGGCAUGGCCAUGCCGACCCGAACUUGACCUAUGCAGUUGAGCUGGUGGCCACGAUGGGCCUUAACAAGGAGGGUCAGAAGAUCUCCAGCUCCAAGCCAAUUCCCUCCUUCGGGGCAGCAGCCGAUGGAGAUGCCGAUCGAAAUAUGAUCCUCAGCAGCCAGUUCUUCAUCUCUCCAUCUGACUCCUUGGCCAUGAUCGUGGACAACGCGGAUUUGAUCCCACAGUUCCGGGCCGGCCUCAAGGGCUGCGCACGGUCUAUGCCCACCAGUGGCGCUGUGGACCUGGUGGCCAAGGCCAAAGGAAUCGAGUGCUUUGAAGUGCCCACAGGUUGGAAGUUCUUUGGCAACUUGAUGGACAGCGGCACGCAAUAUUUCCCGGACAAGCCUCAGUACACACCUUUCAUCUGCGGGGAAGAGUCCUUCGGAACUGGUGCAGAUCAUGUGCGGGAGAAGGAUGGCAUCUGGGCCGUCUUGGCCUGGCUACAGAUUUUAGCAAAGAAGACGGAACAGGCCGGCAAGCUCGUCUCUGUGGAGGAUGUGGCAAAUCAGCACUGGAAGACCUACGGGCGGAACUAUUACGCUCGCUACGACUACGAAGGCGUUGACAAGGCAAAGGCCGAGGAUAUGAUGAAGAUGAUGUCCGGAAAGUCAGGCCAACUCGUCGGGAAGUCCUAUGGCAACAUGAAGAUCAAGAUCAACGACGUCUUUGAAUACAACGACCCGGUUGAUGGAAGCGUAUCCAAGAAUCAGGGCGUCCGCUUCAUCUUCGAAGAUGGUUCAAGGAUCAUCUUCCGUCUCUCGGGUACCGGAGUGGCUGGCGCCACGGUACGCCUCUACCUGGAGAAGUAUACGCCCCCUACAGGCAACCUUGGCAUGCACCAGUUCGACGUGGUGAAGCCUCUUGCAGACGUUGCGCUUCAGCUGUCUAACCUGAAGUCGUAUACCGGCCGUGACAAGCCUACCGUCAUCACGUGA